AUGUAAGUCGUUUUCUCUUCUACUACCGUAAUCAUUUGACACCAUUUACAUAUCCUUCCACAGAAUCUCUGUAGUCGAGGUGGGACUAAACACCGAAGUUUCAAGCAAUAUAUGCAGCUAUGCUAUCAGCAAUGAGAAAAUUCUGAUUGGCAACUGCUUCCUUUGUGGUCGUUAUGAAAUGCUAUUGGCUUCGGUGGGUGACCAUCUGACGCGGUGACGCGACGUGAAGAAUCUUCACAACCCGCCGGCCGGCCUCCUCCUUUCUCUCUCUCUCUCAGACCGUCAGACGUUCUCUGACUGUCGGCCUGUCAACAUAACAACGCUUCGUUUGAGACGACAACCGGGAUUUCAUAGUCAAGAUGCCAGAUUUUUAUUACAUGGCCCUUUCAGCACCAUGCAGGUCUGUUAUGCUGACUGCUAAAGCUGUUGGGUUAGACAUGGAUAUGAAACCACUAAAUCUCAUGGCUGGAGAACAGAUGAAGCCAGAAUUUGUAGCAAUUAACCCUCAGCACUGUGUACCAACAUUUGUUGAUGGAGACUUUACUCUUUGGGAAAGUCGACCCAUCUGCGCUUACCUGGCAUCCAAGUAUGGUAAAGAUGAAUCACUGUACCCUGCAGACUUGAAGACCCGAGCCAACAUUGAUCGUCUGAUGUACUUUGACAUGGGUACCCUGUACUUCAGAUUUGGGGAGUAUGUGUAUCCUGUCAUAUUCAGAGGAGCAGACAAACCAGAUCCAGAAAAGCUUGAGAAACUCCAAGAAGCUUUGGGAUGGCUCAAUGGUUUUCUAGAUGGUCAUGAUUAUGCUGUAGGCAACAAUAUAACUGUGGCAGAUCAUACAUUAGUGGCUUCAGUUUCCACCUUUGAAGCUUCUGGCAUUGACCUAAGCAAGCAUUCCAAUGUUGUGGCUUGGCUAGCAAGAUGUAAAGCAAAUAUGCCCGGCUACAAGGAAGCAAAUGAUCAAGGAGCCCAGGAAUUUGGAAAAAUGGCAAAAGCUAAGCUUUGAGAAGAUUUCCAAGAGGAGUUGUAACGCUGUGGGUACAGUUUUAUCCAAGUUAAAUAAUUAAAGAAUUUUUAUAUUAAACUAUAUAUAAAUUAAAA